AUGGCAAACUCACAGCCAAAUCCUACCCUCUACAUCAAUAACCUCAAUGAAAAAAUAACAAAGGAAGAGCUUAAAACACAGCUCUACGCACUCUUCACGACGUAUGGCAGGAUCAUUGAUAUCGUCGCCUCAAAGGGCCCUAAGAUGAGGGGACAGGCUUUUCUCGUCUUUGCAGAUCUAGCUGGUGCAACCACAGCUAUGCGAGCCUGCGAAGGCAUGCUCUUCUAUGACAAGCCCAUGCGCAUCACAUAUGCUAAAACCAAAUCAUACGCGACGCUCUCCCGCGAAGACCCCAACUUUGUACCGCCCAACGCUGCCAAUGCAAGCUCACUCAUCCAGAACGGAAAGCGGACACGCGACGAGGAUAAAUCUGAUGAGCGGCAGGCCAAAAGGGAGAAAUCGGACGAGAGUUCUGAUGAGGAGAUGGAGAUUGAAGACGACGACGAAGCACCGUCGAAUGCACAGCAGACGAAUGCAUGUAUGUCCAUUUUGUACAUUUCCACGAUUGAAUUGAUUGGACCUUCAAUCCUUAUCAAGUUGCCAAUGCAACCUCGGUUCCUCAGCAAGUUCAACAGCCAACCGCUACCUUGCUGUGCACCAAUCUACCGCAAGAGGUUACGAACGAUGUUCUGUCCGUCCUUUUCCAACAUAUCCUAG